UGAAUCCUUUUAUAUUGCAAAAUCUGCGUGCACACAGUUGACCUUCCCCAAAAUGCCUAUGCCAAUAAUGUACUACUAAUCGGCUAAUCCUAGUAAUACACUAUGCCGUGUGCAAUACUCCCUUGAUCUCCAGACAUUUGACCUCCAUCAAGGCCUUUGUCUGCGCCGCAAUGAAGUGCCGAGGUGAUCCGGCGAUCACCGCCGCCGCCGCCAUCGGCGUGCUCUGUGUCGCGUCGGCGGUGCUCCUGGGCCUGGUCGACGGCGCCACCGAGGGAGAGGAGCCCACGACGCAGCUCUUGAACGGCUUCACCGCGGCGCACGCGGCGGGCGCGCCGGCGCCGUUCCAGCCCGUGCUGUACGCGCCCAGCGGCGCCUUCGCGCUCGGCUUCCUCCGCGUCGGCGCGGGGUCGCUCGACCUCGCCGUGGUCCACCUCCCGUCCUCCUUCCCCGUCUGGCGGGCCACGCCGGCCCGCCUCGGGGACUGGUCGCGCCCGGCCACGUUCACGUUCGACGGCGGCCUGGAGCUCACCGGCUACGACGGCGGCGUGCUGUGGCAGACGCUCGGCGCCGUCGGCGACGUCGUCGUGCUGCUCAACUCCUCCAACCUCGUCGUGCGGCGGUACGAGAAGACCCUGCCGGAGUGGGAGAGCUUCCGCCACCCGUCCGACACGCUCGUCCUGGGGCAGAACUUCACGGCUUCCUCGCCGCCGCUCGUCUCCGCGAACCGCCGGUUCGCGCUGCGGCUCGGCAAGGCGUACAUGGCGCUGCACAUGGAGUUCUACGGCGGGCAGACGGCGCCGGCGUACUGGAGGCACACGGCCCUGAUGGCGCAGCCGGAGAACGCCACGGAGCCGCCGGUGUACGGCAGCCUCGACGCCCGCGGGUUCUUCGGCCUGUACCUCGAGGGCGGCGGACAGAGGGUGGACGUGCUCUCGUUCGACACGUUCGCGCAGAACCUCACCGCCGCGUUCCGGCGGAUGACGCUGGACGACGACGGCAACCUCCGCGCGUACUACUGGGCCGGCGGCUCCAAGGCGUGGGCGUCGGACUACAGGGCCAUCGCGGAGCGGUGCGACCUGCCGACGCCGUGCGGCGCGUACGGCCUGUGCGUCCCCCGGAAGGCCGAGUGCCAGUGCCUCGACAACAGCACGAGCACCGCCGCCCCAUCGUGCCACGCAGAGGAGACCGCCGACCUUUGCGCCGGCAAUCAACUGGGUCUGGGGUUCCACGUGGUGCGGCGGAAGCGGGUGUCCGUGGCGUACAAGGAGGAGCUGCCGUUCGAGACGAACAGGACGGCGGAGGAGUGCGAGGCGGCGUGCGCCGGCAACUGCAGCUGCUGGGCCGCUGUGCACAGCGGCGCGAGCGGCUACUGCUACCUCAUCGACUUCCCCGUGGAGACGCUGGUGUACGAGGCCGACGACCGGAAGGUGGGCUACUUCAAGGUCAGGAAGCCGCCUGCACGGCCGGGCGUGUCGCUGUCGCCGGGCGUCGCCGCAGCCACGGCGGCGCUGUCGCUGGUCUUGGUCGGCCUGGCCGCGGCCGGAGCUUGCAUCGGGUACCAGAUUCGGGAGAGGAGGAAGCAGGGACGAGCUGGGAUGGAGCAGGAACUGGUGCCGGUGCCGUACAAGGACCUCAAGUCCAUGGACAGCUCCAACAAUUCGUUCGGAGCAUGAAUCGACGGGAUUGAUGAGUGGGUGCAGACGUGCAGCAGAGAACUCGGACGGAUCAAUCGUGAAACAUGAGGUGGAUCCGAGAAAGAAAUUUAGGAGUUUGGAGGCGAGAAUGGAUUCGGUUCCUCUCGAUGGGCAUUCCACGGCUUGCAGUAGAGAGAGGAAGGGUCAGUGGUCAGGAACUCAGGAAUCAGGAUUGCUUUAGGCAAAUGUAGUUGUUUCACCUACCUUUGAUCUAUUCCCAGUUUGCUGGAACAUUUCUUGUGUAGGUUCUUGAUCUAUGUACAGAUUUUUCUUCCCCGUUCUUUCAACCUUUUCUGUAUGCCCAAAAUCUCUGCACGUCCAACUGCAAGUUGGGAUUGCCAAAAAAAAUGGUGCAUUAAUAUUUA